AUAUCAGUAUUACCAAUUUUCUUUCUUUUUCUUCAUUCAUACAACAAAAAUGGCUAACGAUGAAGUGAUUCUGUUGGAUUUUUGGCCUAGCAUGUUUGGAAUGAGGCUAAGGAUUGCACUUGCUGAGAAAGAGAUUAAAUAUGAGUACAGAGACGAGGAUUUGAGGAACAAAAGUCCUCUGCUUUUGCAGAUGAAUCCUAUUCACAAGAAAAUCCCUGUUUUGAUUCAUAAUGGCAAACCAAUUUGCGAGUCUAUUAUUGGAGUUGAGUAUAUUGAUGAAGUGUGGAAGGAUAAAGCCCCUUUCCUCCCUUCUGAUCCUUAUGAGAGAGCACAAGCUAGGUUUUGGGCUGAUUACAUUGAUAAGAAGUUGUAUGAUUCUGGGAGGAAGCUAUGGACAACAAAGGGAGAAGAGCAAGAGACAGCUAAAAAAGAUUUCAUAGAAUGCCUUAAGGUGUUAGAGGGAGCACUUGGAGAGAAGCCUUACUUUGGAGGAGAUAAUUUUGGUUGUGUGGAUAUUGCGUUGAUUGGGUACUAUAGCUGGUUUUAUGCUUAUGAGAGUUAUGCUAACAUCAGUGUAGAGGCUGAGUGCCCAAAGUUUGUGGCUUGGGCCAAGAAUUGUAUGCUGAGGGACAGUGUGGCUAAGUCUUUGCCUGAUCAACAUAAGGUCUGUGAAUUUGUAAAAGUGCUAAGGCAGAAGUUUGGAAUUGAAUAAACAUAUGGACCAUGAUUCUGCUAAUAAAGGCGCUUCGCCCUUCUUUUUAUUGAAAUGUGUGUUUGGUCAUAGUGUAAUUGAGUUCUGCUUUUACAUGUAAUAAAAACUCUUGGAUCUGUUUUCUUGAGUCUUGUCUAUUGUAUGAUUCUGGGAUUUUCGAAA